GAUAAGGAGAUCCCGUGACUUUGUGGAACCAUGGAUUGGGAGUGCAUAGAUAAACAGGUUCUGGAAAUGGAGUGGGGAGGUGAAUAUUCUCUUGAUUCUUCCAACUUAGAUUGUUUGUUAAACAUUUUUCCUGGGGACCGGGAGUUUCAACAGAUCCUCAGUGACAUCGAUGAGAAAAUAAAGAAAAACUCUGCUAGUGUGGAACAAUGCCUUAAAGAGCUACAAUCAGAAGUAAAUGAGACUUGUACUGAUGAGCUGUUACAAAACACAACUGACUGCCUUCACUGGCUGAAUAACUGCAGUUUCAGUUCCCUCAAACCUUCUUCUACACCUCAUGGAGAUUUGAUCGAAUUUCUUAAAACUCUGCAAAGCUUGCUGAGGAAUGAACAAAAUCAAGAAGAAAUGAUACUACACUUUCUUCUGGAUCUCUCCAGUCAGUGUGGGGUCUCAUUUCCAUGUACUCCAAGUGGGACAUCUUUUGAGUUAAAUUCCAGAGCUUCCCUUCAUGCCAUUGAGGAUGAUUCAUCUAUGAAUAUCAAGUCUGUUUGGGAUGAUGUGAGAUUGCACCUUCGACGUUUCUUAGUAAAUAGACUUCAGAGUCCUCAUGAAACAAAUACUGCUACUUUAAAACAGCAAAUGCAGUUUAAAACUCAAUGCAUACAACACCUUUUGUUUCUAUAUCCAGAAUCAGAAGUUCUAACCAAGUAUCAAAACAUGCAGAAUAAAUUGGUUUCUGAGCUUCUGCAGAACUGUGUUCUAUCUAGCUGUGGAGAAACAAACUUUGAUAAGGUGGUUCAUGGUUACCAAAGUUCAAUACCUACACUAUGCACAAUGAUAAAAGAGGAUUUGUGUAUACUAAGUGGUACUAUAGAUCCUUCCUCAGCACUGAUGUUUAUUAAUGAAACUUAUCUGGAUACCAUCACAGAAGAAAUAACAAUUCUUCUUGAAAGACUUUGUGAACUGCAGUUCAAAGAAAAUGCUCUACAUAUAAUUAAGACAAGCAAGAUUUCAAAGAAGCAGAGAGGAACAGUUCAUGCUUUGGCUACCCAAGAAUGCCUCAGAAAAGGAAGAAACUUCUGCUUAACGUUGUAUCAACUCAAAUGUCUUUCUCAGCUUAUAAAACUCUUUUUGUUUAUGGAAGAAAGAGUUGAAGAAAACUCUGCAGAAAUUCUGUUGUGGCCCUGUUUCACUGAGAAGAACAAAAAUGUUCAAGGAGUUCUGAAGAAAGCUAGUGGGGAGCUUUUAAUAGGGGAAACUAGAGCAAAUGAAACCAGUGUGCUUCCUGAACAGUUACUUCAGGUAAAAGAGACUACUUUAUUGGAUUUUAGCUGGAGGAAUGCAUUUAAAGACCUGUCUUCUUCUGUGGCGCACUGUAUAACAAUAGCAAUUGAAGAUUUUUCAACUAAAAUUCUUCAGCUUGAGCAGAAAGAACAGUCUUCAGCUGCAGUCUAUACAAUGAGCCUAGUAAACAUCCAGCAAAUGAGAGAGUCCUGGGAAACAGUCCACGAGGAGGAACAACCAAAACGAAUAGCAAAGUUUUGUUCUGACAUCAUGGAAGAACUUGACACAGUGCUUCCACUUGCUCUGGCAUGCAGAGAUGAUUCUCUUCAGGAAAUCAGAGCAAACUUUGUAGAAGCGUGCUGCAAAGUAGCAACAGCUGUCCUGGAAAGGUUGGAGGAGAGAAGCAAAGAAGUUCCCUCCAAGGCUCCGCUGCAAAACUUGUAUGCUGUUCUCUCCACAGCAGUACAUGUCUUUCAGCAUUUUAUGAUGUAUGAUAAUUUAAUGAGAGAUACCAGCAAGAAGCCCCUGUUCCUAGUGCCUGUCCAGGGAUAUCAGGAAUUCAUCAAUGUUCUCCAGUUUCAAGUUACCAACUACUGCGUCAGAGUUUGUGCUACAAGUAUUUUACAGGAUGCUGAGAGCCACCACUGGGAUGACUACAAAGCUUUUUAUGAGGGGGAAAGAUGCUCAUUCUCUGUCCAGAUGUGGCAUUAUUUCUGCUGCGCUCUCCAUCAUGAUUUGUGGACUAUCCUACCCCCCAAGUUAGCCCAGGAGAUUCUAAAAGAAGUACUGGAGAAAUCUUUGGCUGUGCUAGCCUGCAGAUAUUCUCAGGCCCAUCCCAGUUACAAGAGAACUCCACAGAUAAGAAUUGAUAUCACAGCGAUUUUAAUAUCUACUGAAAAUAUGCUGUGGUCAGCUUGCUGCUCAGUGCAGGAAUUUCUGAAUCCACAUAAAGACAAAGACGCCACGACCUAUAAAAUACACAACCACUGCAACAAUCUGCUCUCUGCACUUGCCAUUUUAACUGCACCUUUGAAGAAUCUGUAUGAGACAUUUCAGAAUGGUUUUGGUGAGCUACUUCCAUCAGAUUUCUCCAAACCAAAUAUCAGUCACCCAUUACACUGGCUAUCUUGCAUAACACCAUUUUGUCCUCCUUUACUUAUGACUCCAUCAACCGGAGAAAUGGCAGCCCAGGGUCAACUGAAACUGCUCUUAUCCCAACCGUAUUGUAAUUGGAACUUGCUUUUGGAAACACUGCUACAUCAGGAUUGUCUCUUAGUGAAAAUUUUAUUGAAAAGUUCAAAAAUUGAAGUAUCAAAAUGUGAUGAACAAAGUUCCUGCAUAAAACAGAUAAAUAACAAAGAGCCUACUUUGACUGAAGCAAUCUUUACAGUAUUAUCCUAUUGCACUUUAUCGCCCAAAUCACUUGGUAGAGUUCUUGAGAGCUGCAUGAAAAAAGAGCAACUAUGGGAUUGCUUAUACAAUAUAUCAGUUUCUAGUUGUGGUGAAUCAGAGCCAGAGGUUAUCAGAUGUUUGAAGCUGACUUUGAUUAAUUCAGUCAAGGGUAUAGUGAAGCAAAUAAUUUCUUUGAUGCAUUCGUGGGAGGCAAAAGAGAACUAUGGAACCUAUCAACAUAAGCAAAUAGUUCCUGAAAGUUUGCUGAAGACAGUUCCAAAGGAAUGGAAUUAUACACCUAGAGAAAUGAAGAGAAAAGUAUCUGGGAAAUGCUUCACAAGGCUUGCAGCUCAGGCUGUAUCUAUUGUAAUCAGCAAGUUACCUACAGUGAUUGCAUGUUUGCCUCCCCCAAUUAAAUACUUCUUUUUUCUAUCUGAGAGAAAAAUGUCAAAAAACUUUGUUGAAUCGAAGAAAUCUGGUCUGCUUGUCUGGAACUUGAUUGUAAUUAUAUGUCGGAUAUUUGAGGAUGGAAACACCGCAGAACUUUUAACAGGUGUAACGCUUGACAGAUGGAGCAAAGAGAAACUCACUUUAGUUCGUGUCUGUUUGGAAAGUAUUGUGGGAAAACAGAAAACUAGUCCUAAACAAGUAACACAGAAGGUUAUACAGAGUAUAGAACAACAAAGACCAAACUGGAUUGAAAGCCAGUUGCUGAAAGCAAGAAAAUUGAGCACUGACUGUGCCUUUAUUUCAGUAGAAGAAGGUGCAGGGUUAGAGAAGGGAGGUAUUGCAUUUGAAUUGACUGAGCAGAAAAUAAACAUGAUGGUCCUGGAUAUCUGCCACAAACCAGGUGGCAGCAAGUACCUGAGGCAAAUUUAUCACAUCAUCCGGCUCAAUGAGGAAUAUUUGAAAGAGCUGCUGUCUUGUGGGAAUUCUUCAGAAGAGAAUGUAAUGCCCAUUGAACAUUUGCAUUUGACAUUGAGGAGCGCAGAAGAGCAGCCUGUUUUCAACCCCUUCCAGGUGCACCGCCAAUAUUGUGCAAAUAUGUUUGAUCAGUCAGCCAUUACUGAAUGGAACUGGGAUUGGUCAAUCUUGCUGCCAAGUUAUCUGGGGCUGAAUCAGAUGACCUUCAGGGCACUGCUGGCACACAGAUGAAUUUGGAGGGGAGUCAACAACCUGACCAGCCUUAACAAAACAAUAUCAUCAUGAGAAAAGCAGGAAUCAUGACGGGAGGUAGCUAUCACAGGAGAA